AUGGUUGUGUCUUUGCGGAGCUGGGUCGCCAACGAGGGAGGAAAGCACUUGGUCCUGGUGUGUGAAACUUUUGCACAGCUUUAUUUUACAGCUCGACGACUUCACUUUAAGCAUAGCCUGUUAAGUUUUGAUGGUUAAUGUUAUACCUUUCAUGUAUCCUGGCUGUCAGUUCGGUAUUGCUAACAAUGAGUUUGUUUUAGGCUUAUGCUGCAUCUACACAAAAAAACUACAACUGCUAUUGCUAGGAGUUUAACUUUUAUUGUAGCCUAUUUUAUCCUAAGGUAAAAUAACAUCCCUGAAAGAUUGAACAUACAAGACAUGCUUACUUAGGUCAUGAACAUUAAAGUGGCUUUAUCCUACUUUUUAAAAUUCAUAAAAAAAUUAUUUAUGUUAAUACUGGGUUUAAAUGUCUUACUUUCAUGAUGCUUCAGCUUCGACUCCAUUGUUGCCUGAUCUUUUGUGUGUGUGUGUGUGUGUGUGUGUGUGUGUGUGUGUGUGUGUGUGUGUGUGUGCAGAUGUUGUGGUUGGGGACCAACACCUGGCUGUUCAUGAAGACCUUCCUGCUGUACUCCACUGGAAAGCAGUACCACUACCUUUACAAGAUGCUGGGGGUAAGACCUGACUCAUCAUUAUAGCCUACUGUUCUGAACAUUUUUAAUCUUGCAUCAGUCAUCAUAAGUCCUGACAGUGCCUCACAAGUAUCUGAAAAUGAGGAUUUUUGGUUUUUGUCAGGUGACACUACCUAAACAUUGGAGACAAGAUAAUUAAAGGCUGCUCUGGUGCCAAAAUUCACUCAAACCGGAAGUUUCUCACUGGAGCUUUAAGUGUUGUCCCAGAGACAAAAAGUUGUUUGCACCCCAUUCUUAUACUGGUUUACUGAUUAAAGGGAUGUGCCGGCGUAAAAUGGCAUAUUAAUCAUUUUGCACUGCAGACGCGGUAGUUCUUCUACCUUAGCGUCUCGGUCUGAUUGCAUUUCCAUGAAGAAAUGAUCAUAAAUGUUCUUCCUUGAGCUGCGUCACCCCGCUGUAGUCAGUAAUGGACUGGCCUAAGGUCUCGCUACGAACAAGCGGCUGUUGGAGGAGAGUAGGUGAGUUGUGUUUAGUGUCUUUGCUAAAGAAAUCAGGUAAAGUAAAAAAAAAUGUUUGGUGGCUAGUGCUGUUGCUAGGACCCUAUAUGUAUUGUUGAUGAUGUUAGGUGCUGUUCUGAGCAUUAUUUAUUUCUGUAUUACUAUCUGCGGUCGUUACUAAAGUUGGUAUAACUAGAGAAACAAGCAGUCGGCAACGUUCGCCUCUUGACGGGGUGUCCAACUCGGUGUAAUGGUGUGUUUGACCCUAACUUAAUUUUACGCCGGAAUAUCCCUUUAACUUUUUAUGGUAGACAUUCUGACUUGACGUCACAUUAUGAGGACAAAAUAUUAUAGUUCAAAAUUUAAACAUCUAAUGCACCGUGUCUGCUAAAACCAAUCACAAACCUAUCUAGAACUAUCUUCCCCUUUUAUUAUUCUGUUCUCUAAACACUCUUUACUAAUAGUUUUAAACUACAGUCUCCUAUUAUAUCAAAGUAAAUCAAAAUUCUUCAUCUUUCUGACCUACCCCCAACACAGGUGUUUCCACUGUUUUAGCACAAGUAGAUCUGAGCUGUGUUGUUAUGUUCACAGUGUGUGUUGCUCUAUACUGACUCAUCUUCUUAUCUUAGCUGGUAGAUUUUAAUUACACACACAGAGUUACAAAUCAAUAGUUAUUGUUUCUAAGAACAGCACUGACAUAGCAGUCUGGACAGAGGGAAACAAUUAGAUUAUGAUUAUCAGAGGCAGUGUUAUUUGCACUGAUGCAUCCUGAAAAAUUGAAGUCAAUAUUUUUUGAUGAUCGCAUCCUAAUAGAUGACACUAGAGGUGAGCCUCUCUGGUGUCUUUAUCAGUGUGGUGACUUAAUCUCUGUCUAGAAAGAGACCUGCUGCUUUAAGCCCCCACAGACCUCUAUUUAUAUCACAGUAGCAGGCUUUGUAAUGGAUGGCCGACUGUUACAUGAAGGUUUAACGAGUCUGAGUUGUGAAUUUAAACUCGGCAAUGGCAGCUCUGGACUGGACAAUAUUGACAUGAGCCAUGGCAGACAUUAAACUUUCUGACUCAUGCGAGGGGUGCUGUAAUUGUUGUCACAAGUUUCAGAUGGUUUGCACGUGUUGGUUGGUUGUUUGUGCCAGCUGUCCCUUCUCUCAUGGAAGAAUAACUCAGACACUACAUGUUGAUGUUGAUCACUGUAUUUGCUCCUGUAAGACCAAGCCAAACAAAAGCAAGCACAAAGUUUGCAUAAUUUCCAGUUUUAUCUCUUUCCCCCCAGUAUGUUAGAAAAAAGUUAUUCAGUAUAUCUGUAAAAAUAAAACAAUAUGAAUUACAGUGGUGUCAUGUUUGUGAUACUUCUGAAAGUGUUUAAGAUAUUUUUGCUGGAUGAAAAGUUCUAUAGUAAACAGGCAAACUACCAAAAGUUUAAGAACAUUUCGAGCAUUUCCGUGGACAAACUGAAUAAAAAGAUGUGUCAUUUUAUUCCUUUUUGUGGGUAUUUGAGUCAGUAUUAAAAUGCACAAUGAAAAUGACUCAAAGGGAUGCAUGCAGUAUGAAAUAGGAUAGAAAAUAGGAUGUGGCAGCCAGCAGCAUGUGUGAGCCAUUCAUGCAUCGCUUGUACAGUGGGAGGUGCAGGGAGAGCAAGGGGCAAGUGUGGGCACGCCGCUGGCUUUGACUGAAUGCCUUGCCAGAGGGCUUAAGUUUAUGUGUGUGUGUGUGUAUCUUCAAGUGUGUGUAUGUGUGUGUGUGGAAGAUGGAAAUAUAUUCCAAAAGCUGUAUUACUGCUUUAGAGAUUCUGGAUUCAACUUCAAAAAAGUCUCUCAUCUUUUUCACCUGUACGGUUCAGUGAAUGUGUAAGUGUGUAUGUGGUCGUUCAGCUUGUUUUGGUUGUUCGGAAAGUUCAAGAUGUGCAGGAUAUCAGAUCUCCUGCUUGUGGUUUUGCCAUCAGCUGCUCUCCUGUGGUAGCAGUGUGAAAGUAUGUAUAUGGAAAGUUUUGAAAGGGUAAAGGUAUCAGUCUUUUCAAUCGUAAACUUGAUAGAUGUAGAUUUGUAGAUGUGCUAAUGCACUCUUUAUUGUUUGACAGUAUACCUUGUGCUUUAGUCUUUCUGAGUCAUGAAGUUUUUCUUACCAUACUACCAAAUAGGUUUGUAUUUGUAAUACUCGUCUGCAGUAUAUGUAACUGCUUUACCAGUCAUAUAUACUGUAGACAAAUAUUUAAAUCAAUAAUCUUAUGGUGACAGGGUGCUUGUUACUAUAUUUUCCGGUUUAACCCUUUGCAAUAAUAAAUGAUUAAUUAAAUCAGUAAUAAUGAUAAUAACUAAUAAUAUAAUUAAUAUACUAAAGUACCUUCAAGAACAACUUUUUGAAGUUGAGGGUGGGACCUCACAGGAGGAUAACAAUACAAAUGUUUAACGGUUAGAUCAGAGACAGAGAAGUCCACAAAAUUCAAACACUGUAAAAGAACUAAAUGUAAAAAAAAAGGUCAAAACAAUAAAUGUACAAAAAAUAAAUAAAUACAAGUGAUGUGACAGACAAAUCUUCCAUGACAGCAGAGCAAAAAAAUCAUGAAAAAUGAGAUUAAAGAGAAAAAAAAGUAUUGAAAGAUGAUGAAAAAAACGUAUAAGAAGACAAUAUCACAGAAGAGAAAAAAAGAACAGAUAAAUAGAUGUGGGGCAGUGAGAUAACAAGAAAACAGGCACGUUUGUAGAUAAAACCCAAAAGGAAACCCUUUUGACAGCCACGUUUCCAUCCUACAAAGGCAAAGAGUUUAAUCCUAAAAAAGACUCAAGAUUGGAUUAUUUCUUAAAAUAUUGGAUUACAGUUCACACAUGACCUCUCUUGCUCUCUCUUUGAACUGUACACUCACACACCUUCAACUCUUACACUCGUUGUUUCAGUGUCUGAGGGAUUAUCAGAACAGACGGCACCUGCGGAGCUCACCGAGGUUUGCCAAGAAAGUGUUUGAAUGUGCUGAGUUUAGUGGACCCCAAAGAACUUCUCUUGUUUCUACAUGAUGAGUCAAAGAUCAAGAUUUCCAGAGCUGGAUUACAUAACAGAUGCCCCUUCCACUUCAGGGGGAUUGCUCCUUUUUUAUCCCAACAUUUGCAGAUGUAUCAGACAGAUGUGAGUUAUUGGAAGUGUAUCAUGUCCAUUUAUUCUCCUUUAAAGUUCUGUUGAUAAAAGCAUUUGUAAAUAAAGCACACGCUGUCAAAGUUGCAUUUUAGUUGCUGGCAAAAGGUGACUUUUUCAGAACUACCUGUUGGUAUGAGGUACAAUGUAAUCAGAAUUACAAAUGGUAAUCACACUUCCUUAUAAAAAUGGGAAUUUGUUUUUCUGCUACAAUCAAAAAAAAGAGGUAAAAUGUGUCUUUGAGAAGGAAAGCCUCAGCAGAUGAUCACCUGAAGUACAACAAAUCUUAGCUCCACAUGGAGAGACGGACAAAGUUAGUUUUAAGUAACUGUGUGGUGAGGAAAUCAUGCCUUAAGCCUUCAAUGCACAAACUGAAUAGUCCACAUCUUGGUAGGAAUAGCGCAGUAGUUUUUAUUGUACACAACAGGAACUUUAUCACUUGACAUCCACUUAAUCUGGUUCAAUCUUUGUCACCUGUCCAACAAUGUGUGUUUUAUGUUUCCUUUUCUCUCCCCAGCUCGGUCUGUGCAUCAGCAGAGCGUCUGCAUCGGUGCUGAACCUGAACUGCAGCUUGGUGCUUUUGCCUAUGUGUCGCUCUCUGCUCACUUUUGUCCGAGGAACACACACGGUAAGAGGGACCAAGGUGCAUGAUGGGGGAAAGAAGAGGGAAAAUUAAAAGAGUAUUGGUUGGUUUGUGAAUAACUUGGAAUUUAUUUGGUUUUAACUUUACUGGUGUACAGUUGCAAAAUGACGUUGGUUAUCAUCGUAAAUUUCAGUAAAUUGAGUAAAUUUUGUUUUUUUUGCCCAGCCCUAGCUGCACCAUUAAAAACAAACCAACUACGCACUUGAAUUUUUAAAAGCAUAAGAAGUCGUUGCUGUACAUCAAGUUUUUUCUUAUAUCAUUUGGUCAAACUGAAAAUUUGGGGAUUUACAAAAAACUAUUGAAUGUGAGGAUGUUGAAAAAUCUAUGAUAGUGUUCCUAGUGUUGAAGUAUUUUAUGGAAAUGUGCUCAUUAAGGAGAACACACAAAUUAAAUAAACAGUUUUUUUGAGGAAAAAAAGUGACAUUGCAUGUAAUUAUAUAAGAAAAAAAGUAUUGUUCUGGUGCAAAAUCUAUCUAGCUAAUUGUAUGUAAGGAGGAAUUACUUUCAAGGAAGUUAAGUUGGAAAAUAUUCCUGCAAAAAGUGUGAUUGUCUGUGUUUCAACCUGCACGCUCCAACAGGUAUCAAGCAGAAAGACUCGCAGACUUCUGGACAAGAGCAAGACCUUUCAUGUGGCAUGUGGAGUUGCCAUCUGCAUCUUCUCUGGUAAAAACUGUCACUUAUCACCACAGCUCAUAGGUCCUCACGUUUCACCCUGUGUGUGUGUGUCAGUGUGCGUGCGUGAAGUGUGGAUAAACGGACCCAGGCUGGCUCAGCAUUCCUGGAGUACCAGCUGUGAUGCCUGUCCAUCUGGUCACAUGAGUUUUGUAGUUGAGUGUGUGUGUGUGUGUGUGUGUGUGUGUGUGUGUGUGUGUGUGUGUGUGUGUGUUAGUGUGGGUGUGUGUCUGUAUCAGUGUGUGUGCGCAUCUGUGUUGUUGCUCUUGUGAGACUCUUAUCAUGACAUCAUGGGAGCCUUGAGUAUCUGCGUCUGUUGGGUCUUUGGUUCGCAGUCUUCCUCUGCUUUCCUGUUCAUGUCAGCAGCUUUUUCUUGAGAAACCUGACUUUAGAUCUGUUCAGUGAGACAUUAUUAUCAUUUCUCAAAGAAAACAAACUCAGUCAAUGGUAGCUAAUUAUAUUUUAAUACAUAAAAAGUUCAUUAUAUAUAUUAUAGACCUACAUCUAGCUAAGAAACAUGCUCCAUUACCCAGAAUGGAAGAGUUUGUAAGUGCAGCUAUGAAGCCCCACACAGCCCCAGACUGAUUAGCAGGGGUGACCCGAUACGAUAUUGAUAUCAGAUAUCAGUCCGAUAUUGGCAAAAAACAAAUAGCGGAUAAUAUCGUCCUGCAUCUAAAAUCUCUGAUAUCAGCACUCUGAUACAAGCAGUCCAUCCCAGACUCCACUCCGGCACCUCUAGGUAGCAGCACCCAGAUCCAGCAUGCAGAGCCCAUGUAAUCACAACAGCAGUGUGUACUAUGGUACAAGCAAAGUAGCAAGGAGUAGGAGUGAUGUUGGCCUUGUGGAAGUAUUUUUUGUUUAAGUCUGAAAAAGACAUUGCAGCUGAGUGCAAAACUUGUCGUGCACAAUUUUGUGCCAAUAUCGGUUAAAUAUCAGUAUUGGACAAUAUUGAAGGCUACAAUAUCAGUAUCGUGUCAGAAUUAAAAAAGUUGUAUCUGGACACCCCUACUGAUUAGAUCACUGAUUAUUAUAAGAAUAGUAAUUCAAGGUGUAAUUUACAGACUGGACACACAGAUCGAUCAUUCCUAGGUCACGGAGAGGGAAAAUUGUUGUCUUGCUCACUGACGAGUUUUUGUCUAAUGACGCUAACAUAAUCCAGCACACCGGAUUGUGAUAAAAUUUCACCAACUGUAAGGAGAUGUUUGCACAGUAUUAGUGAAAUUGGAUUUUUUUUGCAGUGAGGCGCACAUGCACAGAAAGAGGCAUGUUUUAUUUAAAUGUAUGACAAAGACUCAUUCUGCCAAUCUUUGAACAGUCAGAUAUAUCACACAUUGGUUUUUUUUGGAAAAGGGCAACAAGGGGUUUUCUUUGGUUAUUAUGUUAGUAGCCAAAUCUAACUUCUACUCUCCUUGCAGUAGUUGCAGACAUCAGGACAAGAAAUUAUACUUUUUUUUUUCAUCAGGAGCGACAAGUGAAAAAAGAGACAUCAAAAAAGAAAACAAGAGCCCAAAAUAUCAUCAGUGCAGUUGGAUGAAGCCUUUCAUUGCCUGCUGUCUCUUUGUUGGAUUCCUGUUUCUUGCCUUGAGCUACAGACUUAUUGUUGUAUAUUUUGAGUAGACAAAGCAACUUCAAGCCUUUCAGUCUUUCCUAUGAUUGUUUUCAUUGGUAGAUAAUAAACAAGAGAAACAAAGUGGGUUUGUAAAGACAAGUCUGUGCAUCUAUAAGGCUGUAUUUAUAGAUUGAAAACACAUGCUUACAUCAAGCACAUUAGUUAUAAAGUUGAUCAUGUUCAGGGAUGUCAGUUUAGCUCAGUGAUAAAUUCAGAAGACGUCCCACCUUCUGUGUCCACUCCUAUGUUGAUAGUCUUCAAUUUAGUUUAGCCCAUUAACAUGCUUUCAAUUUAUUCAUUCACUUUAUUCCUAAAAGGACAACAUGAAAUAUAAAACAUAAAUGUUACCAUUUGAGGUCCUUUACCAGGUCAGGUUGAGUGGUCAAAAUAGUGGAUUAAGAUCUGUCAUUCCCAUGCACAGACUAUAAAACAACCACAACAACAGUGACAUUUCUAUCUCCUAUCAUACCUUUUCACUUCCUAAGGCGAGAACAUAAGGAAAACACACGUCCACACAAACACAGACGGAGCACAUCCCUUCACUAUAGACAAAGUUCUCAUGAAAGAAAAUUCCAAAGUUUUGACACAACAAACCACGAUGAAGACUGGGAGGCAGCAGAGAUGCAUGAGAGAUAAGGAAAAAUAAAGAGCGAGGGGAGGAGGGGUGGGAAGCUGGGGGAGUGGGAAAGGAUGUGAGGGGAGAAAAAAAGGACCCUUGUGUCUCAUGAUUACGCCCUCUAAUUCCAUCAGCUGUCGAAAGGCUGCAUGGCUGGUCUAUGAUGUCAGGAGACUUGUGUGUGUGUGUGUGUGUGUGCACGUGCGUGUGUGAGUGUGUCGCACGCUCAUGAGUCAGGAGGAUGUUUUGCUGACUUUCUGCUGAAUGGACAAAGAAAUGUUUGUGAGAGUGUCUGCCAGCAGUUCAUUUUGACCUUUAUAAUUAACUCAAUGUGUGUGUGUGUGUGUGUGUGUGUUAGUCUGUGUGACGAGGCAGAGGAGAUGUUCAUUGUGUGUCUAUCAGUGUCUUUGCCAAAAGAUGUGUUGUUAAAUCACUAUUGUGUAACCGUUUCCUCUUCAUCUACAGUUGUGCAUGUGUCUGCCCACCUGGUGAAUGUUGUCAACUUCAGCGCGAGUUACUCAGAUGACUUUCCUGCUCUGAAUUUAGCUCGCUACAGAGGAGAGGUGAGGCACAGACAGACACAGAUGUACUUUAAACUCGUGAAAACCCCUUAUGACUUCAUGCAUCUCUUAAUGCUUACAUGCUGAAUCUCCUUAUUCUAAUCAUCUGAUAUAUGGCCAAGCUAUAUCACACAAGAGGGUGUGCACUUGUACUGAAUAUGAGCACAGCUGGGAGUUAUAAUCUAAUGAAGACUGUGUGCUGUAAUAUUAACCAACAGAAUUCAGAGCAGUGAGAUAUUCAUGGUUUAAAGCUUUUGUCCUGUUGUGACAGUGUUGUCUUUAUCAACACUUCCUCUUGUCCUAUCAAAACUAAUGAUUACAAACAGUUUAAUAUUGAAUCACAUCAGUCAAACACAUCUGAAACCCAUUAUAAGCAUGUCAGAUCAAUGGUUACACUAAGGGCUCUAUUUUCGUGCCUCGCCGGCUACACGGCGCAUGUGCGGCGUAAGUUAGGUCCGCCGCGCUGACAAGGCGUUCCCAAGCACAGUUUAGUAUUUUGGUGAGUGGCGCAGCCCGGCAUAAGUAUCCCCCCUCCCUAACUCAGCUCCUCCCAGGGGCAUAAGUCGUAGGGAGGGAGGAGAGAGGACGUGGAGUGGGAUUAACACAGCCGAGACCUGUUUUCACCAAUCACAUAAUUUGGUCAGGUUGAGUGUCCAAACGCGCUCAUCAGAUCAGAUAUAGAUCAGAAUAUAUCAAUAUAGAUCUAAAUGUAUGUGCUGACUCAGAAUAUUGGUUGUUGAUGGUUAUUUAUUGCACUGAAAUGUGCCUGACACUAUGGAAACCUGCAAGUGAGGCAUCGGUGACGUAUGCCGAUACGCUGCCGGUCUACCAAAAUACCUCUAGACCAGCUGCACUCCGCCUGCGCUGAAAGCUGACCAGGUUUGAAUCAGCGAGCUUUGAGCGCACUUUACACGCCAGCAGCAAGCACGUAAAUGUCACUGCGCCAGCUGAUCCUGUCGACACCUCCCUCCUGCCACGCCACCACGCCCAGCUUGGCGGACCUCGGUGCGCCUCAGUCCACCAAUUUACCAAACUUGCUGUACGCCGGGCUCCGCCAGACAAAAAUAUCACUGCGUGGGGUCCGCCACCCUCUGCCGCAUCGCCAGCGGACAUGUAAAUAGAGCCCUAAGAGGCCGUACUCAGAAAUAACGCUUUCUUUGCUUCUGGUGCAGGAAAGAGCAGAUUGCUUCUCUUUAAAAACGAAAAGGAAAAAAUGCGGAAAUGCCUUUUCGCUAAUUCAGCCUGUUUAAAUUUAUAAAUAAGUAAACACUUAUCUUAGAAAUGAAAUAGAGGAAUACAGAAAUUCCAACUCCUCUAAAUAGUGUGAAAAAGUCAGUUCUUAAAGCAAGCUGGCGAACUCAGGGUGCCAGAAAUAAGCAUGUGUUAGUGCGAAUAAAAAAAAUAAAAUAACAAAGAAGACUACACACUGAGUUUAUUGAUCACUUUUGCUUUUCUUUAUAGGAUCCCAAGCUGAUCAUGUUGACUACAGGUAAGGAAGGCUGCUCUUUCUCAUUCACUGUCUGUAUAUGUUCACAGUAUAUGUGCUGGUAUGUUUCUGAAACAAUGAAGGCAGUAAAUGUGUUGCAGAUUAGAGUGGCUGUAUGCCAAGAGGACAGCAGGAAAUCAAGCUGUGUUUAGUUCUUUCAAUUCCCUAUUAAGAGAGUCCCUAAGUCCCUAAGUACUUAUAUUUUUGUCCUUUUUUUUGGAAAGUUUCCACUCUGUGUAAAAACAAUAAGACUAACAGUUUUAAGUUUUUUAUGUGACAAUUUUAAUCAUCAUGAUUAGUGAGCUGCAUUUCCCGGUCAAGUUAAGCACAUGCAUAUCUGGGUCCUGGGAUCUAAAGUUGUCUCUUUUCUGUAAUUUGCUGUUUUUCAGUCCCAGGAGUCACUGGCCUCCUGUUGGUCCUCAUCCUCUUUCUGAUGUUCACAUCUUCCUCCCACUAUGUGCGGUAGGCCAAACCAAACCAUCAUACACAUUCACAAACAUACAUUUUAUUUGUGUUUUUUUUUUCUGCAAAAAGUGAGCGUGGGAAGAGUGGUGAGAGCUAGAUUUUACUUUAAACUUUAAGUUUUCUCAAGACAAGAAAAUCAAUUUUUUCCCUGCUUGGUGUCUUUUGUCCCUGCCGUUUGUGUUUGAAAUUGUUCUCUGUCUAACCUCACUAAGUGUGUGUGAGAGAUGUGAGAUGAAGACCAUGAGGAGACAUGUGCUAACCGAGGUCGCUUGCAAAGAAAAUCCCCACUAAGUGUUUCACUUACAGCUCUGUCAUUAAACAGGUCACAGUGGGUCACCUACUAUGCAUGUCUUCAUGUGUGUUACCUUGUGCAGGUGUUGAAGAAAUGGGGUGUGUUUAUGCGCGCUCUAUGCUUGCUAAGGCAAUUGAACAAAGAGUAAGAAGCUUUUCUCGACCCCUUGAGGCUAGAUGAGGGUUUAGGUAAGUGGAUGGAGAAGAGCGAUGACGGCUGAUGCCCUGGAGAGAGAUAUUCAUGAGCCUCAAUGAUCAAGUGACGGUAAAAUCACUGUCUGAUCACAGGCGUCUAAGAUCCGGUUAUGAUGAAUACUAGUAAAGGCAAUUUAUAUUAAUCACCAUUGUUGCUUUCUGAAGAGCUACCACUGUUUUUAGUGUAUUUACAAAACACUGGAAACUAUGGUAGCGUAGUGAAAACAAAUAUAAAUGUGAUUUUACUUUUAAUGAGUUAGAAAGAGGGUUUUAAUGGAAGUAAUGCAUUGCGUCUCUUUUUAUACAAUUGAGAGAGUGAAUCCCCUUGUUGGCCUUGUUUUAAGUCACUGUGGGUUAUCAGGCACUGACCUCCAAACAGGGGUGAGCUUCAACGGCUUGAUUUGUGGUGAUGCUGUACAGGAACAAGCUGGUCUUCAAAGAAACAAACAUGAAAGAAGUCGCAGUCAAAGAGGAUGAAUACAGGGUCUGAUGAUGCUCACUGUUUGCAGUGUUUAUGGGGGGUAGUCUUGUGUAAUGACCCCCUUAAUAUUGACCUCUGAUGUCCUGCUUACUCAGACUUCAGGCUCGGAGUCUACGCGUCUGCUGCUGGAUGAACUCUGACCCGGAUUUCUUCUUUUGUUGUCUCAGCUCCUCUGUGUCUCACUCUCUUGUGUUCUCGAAUCAAGUUGCACAUUAUAAUCUCACAUUAACAUCCAUCUUUGACAUUAUAUCUUAGCGAUUAAAGUUUCCUGAUAAAUAAUCAAACACACUUUGUCUUUUUUUCCAGGGUGUCCAACUAUGAGAUUUUUUGGUACACACACAACCUCUUCAUCAUUUUCUAUAUCAUCCUCAUGGUGCACAUGGUCGGGUAAGUCUCAGGCCACCAUCUGCAGCAGAAAGUCUAUAUGUGUUUGUGUGAAGGUUUACCUCUGUAUCUAGGGCUGGGCGAUAAACUGAAAAUGUACUGAUACCGAAAUUUACGACAAUAACCAACAUCAUUUUGCCCAUGUCAAUAUAUUCAGUGUCAAAAAAAUAAAUAGAUAAAAGUUGUUUUUGGAUGUGUUUAGGUAGGCUAUGGCUUCAUGUCCCUUUAAGACGCUGUCCUAUGUCGGAGACAUCCAGUUCGUAACAAAGUGGGAAAGACAGGUGAGGAGAUGGAGGACGGUUCAAAAUUUGUAGCAGCUGGAGUGGCGGCUGAAGUAGACAAAGUUAAUGUGGGAGGGGGUGAGCAGCUUGUGGAGUAGUUUUUGAUAUAGAUUUGAGGCUAUAUUGCCCAGCCCUAUCUAUAUCUGUAUCUGUUGAUGUUUUUGUGUUUCAUUUUGGUUAAUUUUUUUCUAUGCUCAAAUCUGCCUCCAACUAAAAAAACAUGGUGUAAGAAACCUCAAUACAUAGAAACAUUAAAAAGUAUGGGACCCCAUCUUUUGAGAGCCAUCUCAAAAUUUUUUAUUAUCUCAUUAAAUCUCCCUGAUAAAUGAUAGAUUUUAGAAAUGCCCUAUUAUAGGGCUGGGUGAUAUGGCCUCAAAUUAAUAUCACGAUAUAUUGAGCAGUUCACCUUGAUAACGAUAAAUGGACGAUAACUACUCCACAAGCUGCUCCCACAUUAAGUUCGUCUACAUCAGCCACCGCUCCAGCUGCUACAACUUUGAAGAUGAUUAUUUGAGGUGGCUCUGAAAAGAUGGGGUGGAGUCAUGUCCCCAACGUAGGACAGCAUCUUAAAAGGGACAUGAGACCAUAGCCUACCUACACACAUCCAAAACCAACUUUUAUCUAUUUAUUAUUUUGACACCGAAUAUACUGAUAUGGGCAAAAUGACAUUAGUUAUUGUCGUAAAUUUCGGUGUUGGUAAAUUUUCAGUUUAUCGCCCAGCCCUACCCUAUUGUUUUUCACAAUUUCCCACAUCAGUCACCAAACAUGAAAUUAUGGUAUAAAGGAUUAAACUAUUCUGAAAUACAAAGACACACAUUUUCACUGAAAAAAUGGCAAAUUCCAGUAGGUUUAGCUUUGUUUAACUGUAUUUUUUACUCCAAGGGAUCCUGGUGCGACAAUAGCAAAGGCAUCACUGUAUUCUCCUAGAGUAUACCUUCACAUUCAUUCUGUGGUCUUUUUCAGAGUCUUGAUCUCAGCGAUCUAAAACGCUAACUUAGAUAAACUUGAUUCUAAUCUGUCCCAGAGGAGCCCUGAAGUACCAAACAAACCUGGAGGCCCACCCACCCGGCUGCCUCCGAGCCAAUCAGAGCAGCACAGAGCAGCAGGGUGAGGAGCUGGAGCAGAGUGAGGAUGAGGAGAGAAGAUGUAGAGAGGAGGCUCACUUCCAGCCCCACUGCCCCCAGGUCUGUCUCUGUCUCUGUCUGUGUGUGGGCAGCAUGUGUCCGGGCCUUUGAACACAUGAAUGUACAUGGCUGGGUUGAGAGAAGUGCUCGUGCCUGAAAGUGUGUGUCUGAUGUUGUGGGUGUGGAAGUGUUGUACCUGCAUUUAAGUACUUGGGAGGUGAUGGAGGGAGUUGGUCCCAUUUAUUAGAGGUGUUGGGCUGUCAGGGAGGGGCGGGCGUCCUCUUUCCACUUCAAGGCCCAUGUUUGUGUGUGUGUCUUUUCCUGCAUGUGUGAUUAUGUGUUUGCACAUGGUUGUUAAGCAACAAGCUGGGUCCAUAAAAUCCCCCUUAAACCUGAUGGUGCUGUACUGGCUUUAUUGAAGCUGUGAGCAAUUAGUCAGCUACAAGUUACAGGCAGAAUAAGAAGAAAGAUACACCACACACAGCGACAGUAAAGUGCACAGAACCUAGCAUGUACUCUCAUGGAUGUUCUCCGAGUCCUGCAUACGAGAUUCAUAGUCACUUACGUUUUCAUGAAUGGAAAUAAAAUGUUUUAUUUUACACUGUUGUCACUUCUUUUCUUUGAUUAUCUUCUUAAAUUGUUUAAUAGAGAGUCUCAAGCUCUGUUUGUUCCUCUGUUUGUACUUGCAGACUUGGCUGUGGGUAUCUGGUCCUCUCUGUCUCUACUGCGCCGAGCGUCUGUAUCGCUACAUCAGGAGCAGCGACCCUGUUACCAUAGUGACGGUCAUCAGGCACCCCUGUGAUGUCUUUGAGUUGCGCAUGCUGAAGAAAAACUUUAAGGCUCGUCCUGGACAGGUGAGUAAAUAUGUUUUCAUCUUUAAAUUGUUCACCUCAGACCUUUUUCAUGUAAUUUUAGAGUUGUUCAACACUUUGGUCAUCAAAUUAAUAAAAACAUUAAAUGGCUCUCCCAUAUCUCUCAUUCUCACCCCCUCUCUUUUUUAUUCUUUUUCUCCAUAUUUGUGUGCCCCUCUCCCCAGUAUAUAGUUCUCAACUGUCCACAUGUCUCUUCAUUUGAGAACCAUCCCUUCACACUAACAACGGUAAGACUUUAUGCAACACAUUCCACACAUAUGACACAAUGCAAACACACACACACACACUUACACAGGUAUAUACACACACCCACACACACACGUGUCUAUUUUUAUGGAGACACCCACAUAUGUUUUUACAGUUUCUCAAACUUUCAUCCCCCCGGCAAGGAACAUGCAGUUCUUUGUCUUUUCAAACAUCCCGCCCUCUGUGAUUGACAGCUCCGUUGUCAAGUAAAAUGUAGAUAUAUAUACAGUAUAUAUGUUUUAACUAGAUGUUAUUAAUGAUGCUUUUAGAUUCAGUCCAGACUGUACAAGACAAAGAUGUGUGAACACAAAGAAAAAGCUUUGACAGCAAACAGGAAUGAACUCUUUCAUACACACACACACACACUCCCUCACACAGACACACACACAUUACAGCAUGUGCAUGCCUAUGCCUGAUGUGUUAUGGAGCUCUGAGGAGGACGGCAGAGAAUCACACUGACAGAGAGCAGACAGACCCCUGAGGCUAGUAACUCUGUCUGCCAACAGGAAGGCUGUGUGUUGUGUGUGUGUGUGUGUACGUGUGUGUGUACAUGUGUGUGCGCCUGCAUGCAAGUGUUGUUAAAUGUAAUGAAAAGAGUUGUAGCCAUGUGCUGCUCCGGGUUGUGUGUCUGCGUCGUUGUGUUAGGCUCACGUGUAUAUUUUUGUACUUUUUUGUGAUGCUGAAUAAGUCUAUGCUAGUGUGUAUGUGUGUCCCUGUGUGUAUGUAUGUCCGUGUGUAUGUGUGUCCGUGUGUGUAUGUGUGUCUGUGUGUGUAUUUGUAUUUAAUCAUGACUCACUGUCUGCUCUCUAACUCAUCGCAGUGUCCUACGGAGAACAAGGCAACUUUUGGCAUCCAUCUCCGGGUCGUGGGAGACUGGACUGGUGGGUUCUAGACACACACACACACACACACACACACACACACACACACACACACACACACACACACACACAUGCACAGAGACUUGCACACUUUUCUUUCUUUAUUUUGUCAUCCUCUUCACUUCGUCUCCUCUCUACAGACAGUGCAUAUCCACCAAAACAAAACAUUUAAAGUCUCAAGUGUGUCUUUCCGUUGUCUUUAUGAGCUGUUAUAUGUGUGUUUUCCCCCUCAUUGUUAGAUUACUUCCUCUCUACCUUCAGGCUAAGAUGAUUAACUGUGUUUUGUCUGGUUAAAAAACUGAUAAAAUCGCACACACUUAAUCAACUUUUACAAAAAAAAAAGAAAGUUUUAUUGAGGGAUAAAAAACUGGUCAGCAGAUUUCUGCAGUGUUUUUGACUUCUUACACGUGCAACUACAUUCACUUGACACUGUUGUGCAGGAUUUUAAAAAAGGAAGCAAUGAUGUAAUUCCACUUCUUGAACACGCUUUUGUUUUGCACCUUUUUUAUGAUUCGCCUGCUUAAGUUGUUCAGUGGAAGUCUAGAAACGGACUCACAUCUAAAAGGAAGAGACUUUGACAAAAGCAAGAACAUGAAAACUCAUUUCCACUCACUACUGUACACAUCCACACACACACGCUUUCAGAGCACAAGAAGGGAAGUGGGCUUGUUUAUAUUGGCCCCUUAAUCUGCUAUGAGUGCAUGUUGUGAGUUGGAAAACAUUACACUGGAACAUAUAGACACUUCUUACAAUGGCUGUCUAUGUUAAGUACACACGUCUGUAUGAAAACCUUUACAAAACUGUUCAUUUUUAGAGAGUUAGAUCAGCAUUUGUUGUCGUGUUAAAUUGAAAUGACUCUCUUCUCUCUCUUGUGGUCAGAACGGUUCACACAGCUGUUACUUCCUGAACAGAGGAUGGAUUUGGAGAUCCUUCCCAUGGUGCAGCAGAGGAGAUAUCCCAAGUAUGUUUGUGUGUGAGUGUGCGUUAAGAGCGAUUUGGCUGACGUGAUUUCUCAUGAAGGCUCAGAAUCACAUCAGGGUCAGAGGUUUUGACCUUCUGACCCCUGAACCUGCUCUCUUCCUGCUCUCUGUUUGAGGCAGAGAGAUAGACAAGAGACAGAGAAAGAGGGAGAUGUGGGUGUGACAGGAAGGAAAGUUUGUUUUGUGGCCGUAAACCAGAGUUAAGCAAACUAUCCUAAACCCUCUCUCUCUCUCUCAUUUAAAUAGUUUGAGUGGUGUCCACUCGUGAUCAGAAUUUUUUAGGAUGUGUUUCCUGUUUCCUAGCGUAGUGCAGCAAGUGUAUAUUUUCCAGGGCUUGACUCUAACUUUUUUCACAAGGAGCACAUGUGUUCCUAAGUUGAAAAAGUAAAGAGCACACAAAGAACUUUAGGGGCACAAUGAAAGUUGAUCAAAUAAUGUGUGUCUUAUUGGUCGACAUAAGUACUAUUAUUUGAAACCAAUUUUAGGUCUUUUGAUCACAUGACAUGGAAGCUAUUAAAGAAAAUGUUCAAAAUUUGCCUUUAAAUUUAACACAAAAAUUUUUCAGAGGACAAAUUUGGGAAAUAAAGAGGUGUGUCUUAUUGUCCGACCCUAGUGCUAUUAUUUGAAAUCAAUUUGAAGUCAAUUGUCAUAUGACAUGGGAGCUGUUGACAGAGAGCAGCCUUCUUUGAGAACAUUAACCAGUAAUUUAUUGAUGGUCCCUUAUUCAACACCUGAUGCUGACAGCGAGGCUGCUGGGUAGAUUUAACCGCGCUGCUCUUGCCGUUCCCGGUUAGGGAGAGUAAGAAGACACGGGUAGAUCCACAGUGAAUGUCUGUCGGAUAUCCAACCUAAAACUAACUUCACCGUGGAAUUUACAUGAAAAAACAUUUGUUGCCUUAGCUGAUUUUUUUCUAUGAACACGUGCCCCUAAAUACAUUUUACAAUUCGCACACAUCUAUUUUUAGUCACAAAUGCGAGUGAAACGGUCGCACUGUCAAGCCUUGUUUUCAUUGUAAUACUUCCAAUUAAGUCAAGAUGGAUCACCUAUUGGCAAUCCCUCUCCCUCCCAUUAAUAUAAACAAACAAAAUCUUGACCCAUCUGGCUCAUCAAAAAGAGGGAAUUUCUUUUACAUUAUCACAAUAACAGAAUCCUACAUGUGUAUUCUUCUUUAUCUUCAAUUGUAAAAUAUGAACAGAAUCAUAUUUGAAAAGCAGCAGCAGAUGUUAUCUCUUUGAAGGUGGUGGAACAUGCAUAUCUAAGCUUAACUUAGCACAAUUACUGGAAACAGGAUAUUGAACAAGAGUAAUCUCAUGAGUGUUACCGAGAUCACAGUGCAUGUUAUGAUGUGACAGUAAUGCUGAGCCAACCCUCACUUGGCCUUGUGGCGGGUGUAAGGGUGUGCUAAUACUGCUUUAGUAUUAACAACCAUUUUCUGAGAUUCAUUCAGAGUUUUGUCAAUUCAUAUUUUUACAGUCUUCCUUAAUGCUGAGAAAUGCUGAAAUCUGACUGUGCUAGCUUAUUUUGUGUGUGUGAGUGUAUGUGUGUGUGUGAGUGUAUGUGUGUGUGUCCACAUGACACAAGUGUUUGAGCAGCUGUUGGGGAGAUGACGCUUGUGUGUGUGUCUGGAUGAUCGCUUGCUGCCUGUCUACACACACACACACACAGUCACACAUGCAUGCACAAGCUGGGAUUCCAAAUGAAGGAUGUUUAUCUGCUCAUGUGUGUUUAGUCCUGAGGGGGAAAGUAUAAAUAUGUAUGUGUGUAUUUGUCUUUUUUUGUGUUGUAAUUGCUGUGAUUUUGUCCAUACUGUGUGUGUUCAGGCUUUAUGUCGAUGGCCCGUUUGGCAGUCCAUCAGAGGAAGUUUUUAACUAUGACGUCAGCCUUUGUGUUGCCGGUGGAAUAGGAGUCACGCCAUUCGCCUGUGUACUUCAUGCUCUGCUGUGAGUUGUGAAAAAUCAUGCUCUAACUGAGCACUCAAAUUGAAGUACUCAUUUUUUUUUAAAUGUUUAUUUUUUUUCCUUCCUUCCUGCUGCACAUCAGUGACGGCUGGGCAGGUUUCAGGUUGCAGAGGUUGUACUUUGUGUGGGUCUGCAGGGAGCUCCAGUCCUUCUACUGGUUUGCAGAGCUGCUGUGUGCCGUGCAUCAUAAGGUCAGGGGCAAAGCCUGGAUCCUGUAGCCUUCAUGUUGUAUUUUUAGCGCAAAUGUGUAGUUGAAUUUGAUCAAAGCUGUGGUUAAUUUUUGUAAUUGUCAGAAAGAAAAGAAUAUAUUUGAGAUAAUUUAAGAUAAUCUUGUCCUCCUUCAAAUGUAAUCCAAAUGCCACAGGCUAUUGGGGCUAGCAACUUUGCAUCCUGUGCUUGUGUGUGUGUGUGUGCCUGUCAUGUCAAAGCAAGUUUUCUUCCGUGUUUUAGGUUUAGGAGAAAGAGACAGGUCAGAGGUUGAGGGUGUAAAAAGGCAACAGAUAAACAGGGAGUCAUUACUGUGGCACCUGUGCUUUUGAAGUCUAAAAGCCCCCGUGAAGAGUUGUCAUUGGUUAUGAAACAGACAGAAACUAAAAGUGAUGCCUCUUUAUGUCGCACAAUAGCAAACGAAAGUAUCAUGUAUCAUCAAGUAUCCACAGGGGGCGCCACCAUAGAGACGUCAACUUGUUAAACGUAGUUGUACAGAAUAACUUAGGGUGACCAUACUCUGAAUCCCCAAAUAAGAGGACAUGACUAUAUGGGGGUGGAGUCACAGAGUCGUGUGUAAUAAAUUUUGAGAGUUUUUUGGGUCAGGUCGGGUGUUUUUUAUGCGCUUCUAACUCAGUAAGUCCACGCGACACAAACUCAAAACUUCCAUACAAAACCCGGAUAUUUGAAGGAUUUUAUAAACUCCCCCGGAAAGGGCCGGACAGGCUGGACAGCUCCCCAAAAAGGGGACAUGUCCAGGUAAAAGAGGACGUAUGGUCACCCUAAAUAAUGAGCUGAUCAGGACAAAGCAUUCAUUCGUCAUGGUACCAAGCCUUUCUUAGCUUCAACCAAUAAUUCACUAAUAAUGAGCCGAUUCUGUUGUUCUUUGCAAAGAAAGAAAUGCAGAUAAACUGAAGAAACAGUUGUCAGGGUCAGGAUGAUUGCACCUAGCGCCAUCUUGUGGUUGUUUGUGUAAUAACAUGCCGUAUUUUUAGAAGAUGUAAGGAAUUCUGUUUAAAUUUAGGUUAAUGUUUAAAUUUAAAGUAUGUUUAAAUAUUAAAUCUGUGUGUUUGUAUUUUUCACUUAGUUUUGGCAGGAAAACAGACCAGACUACUUCAAUCUGAAACUAUAUGUCAGUCAGCCUCACAACCUGCAGGUGGGUAAAAUACACACUCACAAACCUGGUCUGACUUUUUAUGGUGAUCUUUUCAUUUUUUUUCAUCUUUGAUAUAUGUAUAUAUAUUUUUUUAUUUUUUUACAUACACCUCUAUCCCAUGACCCACUUCAAGUGUUUUUCCACUAGAGGGCAGCACUGGACAAAGAAAGACAAAAACAGUCUACUGUUCGUUCUUUGAGUUGACGUAACAAUCAAAAAACACAGAACAGGUUUAAAUAGUAAAUAACACUGUAAGUAUUUUUGUCAUAGUUUCUUUGAAAAACAAAGUUUAAAGAGCUAUUUGAGGCAAUGCUGUCUACAGUGAUUUCAUUCCUUAUAUACCAUACCACAAUACAGGCAUACUCUUAACAGCAGCCAGUGUUACCUUUGUGGUUAUUCAUUCAUGUCCUUGAAUUUAAUCUAAACCCUUUAUUAUCCAUUAAAAUGUCAGGCCUUGUAUUGUAGAUAACGCGUCUCUUAGAGGGGAAAAAAUGGUCUGUCCCAUUGGCUCUCUACUUAUACGGUCAUGUGAUCCCCACUGUUCAUCUCCUCGUUAGUAUAGUGGUGAGUAUCCCCGCCUGUCACGCGGGAGACCGGGGUUCGAUUCCCCGACGGGGAGUGGAAAUCCUUUUUAAAGGAGGGGGCCUGCCCACAGAGCGUAACAGAAGCCGUAAAACUGGUCUGACAUGACUCAGAAGACAAUAAAAGAGGCUUCUCAAAGGAUGUAGCAACACGGCUGGUGAACAAUGCUGAGAGCUCCACACCACACCGCACUUCUGUUUGGUGUAUCUUAUUGAAAAGGGAGAAAGCUUUUGCUCUCUACAAACAUCGAUCUUUAAUCAUAUUUGUUUGGCUUUGUUAAAACUAGGAGAUCAGCUGAAGCUACUCUGAGGAAAAUAAUUGAACUGUUCUUUUUUUAAUUAACCAGCAAGGCAUACAAGGCGGGACUUGACCUUUACCGCAUGCUUUAGUCCUGUGAAAAUGUCUAGAGACUUUUGAGUCUCUAGCUACAGAGUGGCUUAAGACUUUGAAGUGCUCACAGAAAAAAUUUACAUCAGAGUUGUACAAUUCAGUCUAAACUGAAUGUAAAUGUAGAUGAACAUAAGAUCUAUGUUUGACACUGUGAGUGCCAUUUUCAGCACAUUUGUGCUGAUGUUAAAUGUAUAAUGGAAAGCUUUCGACUUGACAUAACUCAGUUCUAUAUUCAGAUGAGGCUCGCCACUUACUCAGUCUCUGAGUUGUGUUACUAAUAAUUGACAGAAGCUGUUCGCACUGCUGAUAGCAUGCAGUGGCUCUUAAACCAGAGUCCCCAGACUGUAAUAAAAAUAAUAGGCCAUCAGUAGAAAGUAAGAAAGAGGAGGAUCUUGGGACAGAUUAUUGAGCCUAUAGAUUAUCUCCUAUAGCUUUCAGCAGCAGCUGUGUUGCUGAAGUGUCUCAACUAGAGCUCUUAAAAUGUGUCUUGUUCAUUACCUUAUACAGUUAAUUUGUCAGAAAACAUCUAACUGAAUUGCUCACUCAACAUUCCUACUGCAGUAUCUCGAUUCUCUGUUUUAGUUGAUCUGGCUAUUCCCAUUUUCCUGUAAACGCAAAGACAAUAUAUCCUGACUAAAAAAAUUGUACUAUGCAAUGUAAAGUCAAUGUUCUGUCAAUUGUCUGGUCUGCUGGUAAACUGGAGCUCCUUGGCCAACCAGUGUUGAAAUCCAGACUGUCUCACUCGAUUGCAAAGCCAGCCCAUAAAGGAGUUUGUUCUCCAGUACCAGUGGAGCAAGUGUCUGGCAUCACUGUUCUCCUGUAUAUGGGGGACACAGAGUUGUCUAAUUUCCCAGUCAGGUGGCUCAAUUCUUUACAGUUGUUUUCCCCUCUUAGACCUGAUCUUUGUGUCUGAUGGGGUAGCUCAUAUUAUGGCUGACUAUUACCUAAUCAAGGGGGUAAGAGACUUAAAACUGGACAGAUAUUGGGAUUGACAUUUGUGAACUGGCCACAAACAUUCAUUUAUUUGCACUGACUCUUCUGUAUUUACUCACCAGCUUGUUUUAAACAUGUUUAUCUACUAACAGGUUUACAAGCUUAUGUCUUUGAAGAGAUGUCUUCUGUGGUAAUUUUGUUUCAGAGCAUGUCUGAAGAGAGGUACCGUCCCCUUACAUCAAGGCUGCUAGUUGGUCGACCCAAGUGGAAGUUACUGUUUGAUGAGAUUGCAAAGACCAAUCAGCAGUGAGUAAAGCUGGCAAGACCAGCAAUAGAAAAUAAAUCUGGUUUUCAUAUUAGCUAAUAGUCCCUUUCUCUCUGGUCUCAGGAAGCGGGUCGGGGUUUUCUGCUGUGGACCAAAAGGCAUCUCAAGCACUCUCCACAGACUGUGUAACUCAUCCAGGUUUCCUGGAACAACGUUUGAAUUCAACAAGGAGUCCUUCAGCUGA